AUGGCAGUCUCACAAAUCCACAUUAGGUCUAUCAGCCUGCCUUCAAGGCUGCAUCCCAUCAACUCCACAGAAUUUGAAGCUGAGGUAGAGAAGCUCAAAUCCAGCCAAGCCUCAACCGUUGGUCUCACUUCAGACAGCAUCAUAUCCGGGCUAGUGGGGCUGGCCGAGCUCUACAGCUCCAUGGACGAGCUCACUCAAGCUCCAUCGAGGAUCGAUGACGCCCUCGAGGGAUCGGUGGAGCUGCUGGACUGCUGCAGCAGCAUCAGAGAAGUGGUGCAGAUGAUGAGGGAGAGCGUCCGAGGCCUCCAGUCGGCCCUGCGCCGCAACUCCGCCCUCCAAAACGACGUCGCUUCCUACAUGGGAUCCCGAAAGAGGAUGAGCAAAUGCAUCAAGAAGAUCCUCAAAGCACUCGACAGGAUUCAUGCAUCGAGGGAAGUGUACGCCCUCAGCGUUGCGGUUUUUAGGUCAGCCUUGCUCUUCUUCUCGUCGUCGGCCGUUAAGUGUGGCGGCUGGAAUGUGGUGGCGAGGCUGCUGCUCAACAAAUCUGCGGCUCAUCACGGUGUCGUCAAUGAGGUGGGGUGUGUGGAUUUGGCUCUCAGCAAUGCUGAAUUUGAUAAGCAGAUGCUGCAAAGGGGCCUCCAAAAUCUUGAAUCUUGUGUUGAUGGAAUUGAGGGGGCUUUGGAGAGAAUGUAUAGGAACUUGCUGCGAACUAGGGUUAAUCUUCUUAACAUUCUCACAAAUCAUUUGUGA